UAAGUCAAUUGUAUCAGCUUCAAAUCAUGACCAUACAUAGGAUCUAUGUGAAUCAGUUUUUAAUAAAAAAUUGGGGAACCCUCACAACAAAUCUUUCUUGUGGGAAAGAUCGUUUGGACCCAAGUGUACAACUGUAAUUAGCAGAUUAUCUAAACCAAGGAUGCUCUUGAGAAUCUACAACUUUGAGUGGAAUUAUCUGUUUGUUUGACUUGGGGAGGAAUUAAAACUGCCUAGUCGGCAUUUUAGUAGAAACCAACUAUUUAAUUACAACAAAGGCCGUCUACAAUGUCAUACUCGUCACUCCUCCUUACCUGCUUACCUCUCUCCUCUGUUUGGGUCUGUGUGUUUGUGUUCCAGGAAAGAUGGAGAAAACCAAGCACAGCUAUGUAGCAGUAAGAGAUGUGAAGCUUCAUGUUGCUGAAAUUGGAGAAGGUCCAAAGGUGGUGGUGUUCUUGCAUGGGUUCCCAGAGAUAUGGUACACAUGGAGGCACCAAAUGAUCGGCGUCGCAGAUGCCGGGUACCGCGCCAUUGCCAUCGAUUUUAGAGGCUAUGGGCUUUCCGAUCAGCCUCUUGACCCUGAGAAGGGUUGUUAUGCCGAUCUUGUUGAAGAUGUUGUUGCCCUCCUUGAUGCUCUGGGCAUUGCAAAGGCCUUCCUGGUGGGGAAGGACUUUGGAGCUCUGCCAGCAUACCUAUUGGCAGUGGUCAAGCCAGAGAGAGUUUGUGGAGUCAUCACACUGGGAAUCCCCUUCAUGCUACCCGGAUCCUCGACCAUCCAAUACCAUCUCUUUCCCAAAGGCUUUUACGUUCUCAGAUGGCAGGAAACUGGGCGAGCGGAAGCUGACUUCAGUAGGCUAGACGUCAAGACGGUCGUAAGAAACAUCUACAUCCUCUUCUCCAGGAGCGAGCUCCCUGUCGCUGGAGAUGAUCAAGAGAUCAUGGACUUGGUCGACGCGUCCACCCCGCUACCUCCAUGGUUCUCCGAGGAAGAUCUCGCGGCCUAUGCAUCCUUGUAUGAGAAGUCCGGGUUUCGGUUCGCCCUGCAGGUUCCAUACAGGAAUAUAGGAAAGGAAUAUGGCACGGUGGAUCCAAAAGUUACAGCUCCGGCGCUGCUGAUCAUGGGAGAGAAAGACUUCUUCCUGAAGUUUCCGGGCAUGGAGGACUACAUAAGGAGUGGGCAAGUGAAGCACUUUGUACCUAACUUAGACAUCACCUUCAUGCCGGAAGGGAGCCAUUUUGUCCAUGAGCAACUUCCUGACCAAGUGAACAGUCUCAUAGUUGACUUCCUGAACAAGCAAAAUCUAGUUAUGAAUCCCCUGACUACGGCGGAAGUUGGCCGUGUUGGCCGUGUUGAGAGUUGAUAAAAUCACUCAACGCCUCUUAGUGUCUAUAAUCGCUAAGAAAUCUUGAACUUCCUACUUGGGGAAAAUGAGGCUUUGUUUGAAUAUCAUCAGUUAUGAA